ACAAAACAGUAUUUCCAACGAAAAUAUUUUAUACAAUUCUUUCAUAUCUUUAUUUUUAUAUGUUAAAUCAUUUUGUUUCUGUUUUUGUGUUGAAUUGUGUUCAAUAUAGCAUAACUUACUACCAGUGAAAACCAGAAAACGAUGGUAAUCUCGUCAGACCACGAGCGCAAUGGAAUUGCUGAUUUCUUCACCCAAACCGAUCCAGAGGUUCGAAAAGUUACGCUAGCCAUAGGAAAUAUCAUCUCCAAAAAUACCAUUAAAGAGAUCACUCUUGAAAAAUCACUUAAUGUCAUGCUGGAAAACUGUCGCGACGCAUCCUCGCUGUUAUCGAAGAACAUCGUAAAAACUGAAUUUAUCUUCAAAUACCUGCAAAAUUAUAAUGUUCAGCUCCCGCCAGAAAGUACAAAAUCUAGUCUUAUCAAACAGUGCGUCCAUUUCUGGCGGGUCAAAUAUGGAGCACCAGUGGAAGGUACAUCUAGCUCUGAUCCGCUAACGACCAUCCAUCCAUCCACCUCAGCGGAGUCCAGUUCCUCUAAUAGUACCAUGCAGAACGCCGCAAGUAAUCUGAAAAAUCUCGUAGCUACGGGUGGACCGAUGGGCAACAAUACGAACGGGCCUGGAUACGAAACGACCGAACCGGGACUAGAGCAGUAUCCGGUCAAUCUGCUCGCGUUGGACUACACAAUUUGGUUUUUUCUCAAAUGGAACCGUAACUCACUGGAUGAGAGUGCAUUUUGGCCGGAUGCAGUUUGCUCUGUAAUGCUCGAAAUCAGCGAAUCCCAGCAAGGGGUGGAAGAAGUCCGAGGACAGAAGGACAUAAUCAAUUUAAUUUUAAGCUUAAAGUUCCAAUAUAACUUCCAGUUCGUGCCAAAUGUCAUGUUCGAUGGUUGUCAGGGACGAAUUACUCAAAGCGGAGUACUAAUACUGUCCGUUGGUGUGGUGUACACCAACCGUGUUGGACCGGACAAUCGACAAACUAGUCUAGGUGAAUUUGAAAGUAUGAUUGGGCUGCGAAGAGAUCCACAAGAAAACAAUAACUGGAAAAUUACUAUGCUUAAGCUGUACAUACGAUACAAGCCCGUGGAUAAUUUACCUUCGUUGUCUAACAGUAAAAUGCUUACCGAUUGCUUGCUGAUUCCACUUAGUCUGGACAGUGUUUGAGUGCCUUAAAAUUUAUUGACAACUUAUAGGUAACAGUGUGCAGUAUCAUACGAAUGAAAAGAUGUGAACCGAAACGAAUUUAAAACAAAACUUAAAAAGUACACCAGUCGACAAUAAACGUGAUCAGAAACUAAA